AUGGGAGCAUGGGUGCAGGUGGCCUCAUCACAGGCAGUAGGGGUCGUGGGAGGGGUGGUGUACCUCAGCCCCCCGCCACAGAGCCAGAACACCACCUACCACCAAAGCCACUGGCGCUGCGGCAGCUCCCUGAAGGUCGCCAUCCGCGAGAACGGGAAGGGGGUCCGGUACCCCAACGGUCCUUUCAAGGGUCGCCUGCAGCUCUUCCCCAACAAUACGUUGAAGAUCAGCAGCUUGCAGAAAAACGACAGCAACACCUACUGGGUGUACCUGGAGGAUGAGGUGGGCAAGGAGCACACCAACAGCGUCCACCUGAAGGUGUAUGAUGUGGUCCCCAAACCUACCGUGCGUGCCAUAGUGAAUGGGGACAACCUGGAGCACUGCGAAGUCACCCUGGAGUGCUUGGUGCAGCUGGAAGACGUGACCUAUGAGUGGAUGCCCCCCAGCAGGGUCAUGACAAUGGGCUCUAACGGCACGCUGCCCCUCUCCUUCAACCCCUUGCUGGAAACCUACACCUGCAGGGCCAGCAACCCUGUGUCCUCCAGCAGCGCCCAGCUGACCCGCAGGCACCCCUGCUCUUGGACAGCUGAGUCCUCUGCUGUCACCACCGCCGCCAAGACCAGCAUGCUGAUGUUGCUGGGACACCUCCUCCUCCUCUUCUUUGCUCUGCCUUAA